GAUUUAAAUCCUUUUAAAAAUGGUGUUUCAGGUGAUGGAGGUGAUGGAGGAGGCGUCUGGCGCUCGCUUCUGUCCCACUAAAGCCCCGGGCAGCCUGAUGAAGUGGAGGAAGAGGGUCAAGUCUGAGUACAUGAGGCUCAGGCAGCUGAAACGCUUCCGAAAGGCAGAGGAGGUGAAGGCUCUGUUUCUGUCAAACAGACGUAAGAUUGAAGCACGGACCGAACUGUUAAACGAGGAAUGGUCCAAGCUCAGGAUCCAGUCCAUCCCUCUGUCCACACCGAGCGGCUCACUGACCAACAAGAAGGUGGAGGACGAGACAGUUCUGCACAACAUCCCUUAUAUGGGUGAUGAGGUACUGGAGCAGGAUGAAGCUUUUCUUGAAGAGCUCAUAGAUAACUAUGAUGGAGUCCAUGGGGAUAGAGACAGAGGCUUCAUAAAUGACGAGAUCUUUAAAGAGCUAGUGGAGGCGCUGAGUCAGUAUUCGGAUCAGGAUGAAGAGGAGGAGAGCACGGAAGAAGAUGAGGAGGAGGAGGAAGGGGAACAAUGCCUGAGGAAGAGUGAAGGAGAGAGUACAGCGGAGAACAAGACAGGAUCUCUGGCCUUUAAGAGGAAGCGCAGGAGAGUCGCAGAGGGCACUGAACUGCCUCAGAGUAAGAAAAUCCCCCAUGACAAGAUCUUCACUGCCAUCGCGUCGAUGUUCCCUUACAAAGGCACGACAGAGGAGCUGAAGGAGAAGUAUAAGGACCUGCUGGAGCCUGCGAGUGCUGUAAAGCUUCCUCCUCUCUGCACACCCAACAUGGACGGCCCCUUCGCCAAGUCUGUGCAGCGCGAGCAGAGUCUGCACUCCUUUCAUACACUCUUCUGUCGCCGCUGCUUCAAAUACGACUGCUUCCUCCACCCAUUCCAUGCCUCCCCCAAUGUCUACAAGAGAAAGACUAAAGAGAUUCGGAAGGAGACGGAGCCUUGUGGAUUAGACUGCUUCUUGCUACAGAAAGGAGCAAAAGAGUUUGCUGACCAGUACAUGCUGAGGUCACGGAGGUCUCGCCGGCGCCGGCGGCAGACACGCCCCUCCAGCUCAUCAGGCCCCGCCCCCUCGGGUUCAGCCGAGGAGAGGAAAGACGGAGAGAGCGACCAUGAGACCACAAGUUCCUCUGAGGGUAACUCUCGGUGUCCCACCCCCACUAAGCUGAGGCAGGGUGAGGACCUGAUGGUAGAAGGCGAGUCUCCUCUGCAGUGGAGCGGCGCAGACGAGUCGCUCUUCAGAGUUCUGCACGGCACAUACUACAACAACUUCUGCUCCAUCGCACGACUGCUCGGCACCAAGACCUGCAAACAGGUGUACGAGUUUGCCGUGAAAGAGGUUCUGAUUCAUCGAGUUCCUCUGGAAGACGGCGGCAUCUCCCCCCAAAAGAAGAAAAGAAAACACAGGUUAUGGGCCAAGAUCCAGUUAAAAAAAGAUAAUUCGUCCAAUCAGGUCUACAACUACCAGCCAUGUGACCACCCCGAGCAUCCGUGUGACAGCUCGUGUCCAUGUGUGAUGACCCAGAACUUCUGUGAGAAAUUCUGCCAGUGUGAUCAAGAGUGUCAGAACCGUUUCCCAGGCUGCCGCUGUAAGACGCAGUGUAACACUAAGCAGUGUCCGUGUUACCUGGCCGUACGCGAGUGCGACCCCGACCUCUGUUUGACCUGCGGCGCUUCAGAACACUGGGACAGCAAACAGGUUUCCUGCAAGAACUGCAGCAUCCAGAGAGGACUCAAAAAGCACCUCCUCCUGGCUCCGUCAGAUGUAGCGGGAUGGGGAACAUUCAUCAAGGAGCCGGUUCAGAAAAACGAAUUCAUCUCCGAGUACUGUGGCGAGCUUAUUUCCCAGGAUGAAGCAGACAGAAGAGGCAGAAUCUACGACAAGUACAUGUCCAGCUUCCUGUUCAACCUGAACAACGAUUUUGUGGUGGACGCAACACGAAAAGGGAACAAAAUCCGCUUUGCCAAUCACUCUGUCAAUCCAAACUGCUACGCAAAAGUUGUCAUGGUGAAUGGGGACCAUCGCAUCGGUAUCUUCGCCAAACGAGCAAUACAGCAGGGAGAGGAGCUGUUUUUCGACUACAGUACAUCCCUGGAUCCCUCGUAGGUACAGUCAAGCCGACGCUCUCAAAUACGUAGGGAUAGAGAGGGAGAUCGACGUGGUCUGAGUUUCCCACCCGCUGCUUUUCCUGCCCACAAUGCACCUCUCCUCCUCACUCAGGACUGCGGUUCUAUCAUGUGGUUGCUUGGAUACAUCUUCAGUUGCAAAGAAGGAUUCUGUGAUGUCAUAACAUUACCAUAACGGUAUGAUAUCAAAGAAUCGCUCACCUUGAGAUAAAACAAAAGGUCAACGUUUAAAAAAGAAUUUCUAUAUUUAAACCUGGGGUUAAUUAGAUUGUCUGAACUCGAGUGUUGGGAUGUAAAAUACAAAAAAAAGAUGCUAGCGUUCAAUACAUUUUAAGAAAUCUUAAAAUAACAUUUUUAUUCAAAAGCGAACAAGCUAAUAUGCUAACAUUCCCAGUUUAACCUGACGGAAAGCACAGAAAUGCACAGGAAUGUGCUAACUUAGCAGAUUCUAUUAUGCUAGCAACAUAUAGGCCAGUACAGUAAUUAGCAGUUUAUGCUAUUUUACUAAUACAAAUGCCUCACGUUCUAUUAAGAACAUUAGCUAGUCAUGAAUGGUAGCACUUGCUACAGAGCUAGCACAUGGAUGAUUAGCAAAGUAAUGUGAGAAUAUUUGUACCUCAUGUCCACUCAGCAAUGCUACAGUGAUGACAGGGGAUGAGUUAAGAAAAAAAUAAUAAUAAAAUAACUUCAGAUAGCCAUUUCCUUUCCAUUACUCGCAUUUAUUUUCCUGACAAGAAAGCGUCAAAAGCUGCUAGUUUGGCUAAUCUGGAGCAUAGAGCGUUCUUCACUUCAGUAACCUUUUCACCUUGUGGUAAACUCUGUACACGAGCUUCUAUAGCGGUUUUAGCCUCCUUAUAUAUGCUACAUAAUGUUUAGCUGCAAACUAGAAGACAUUUAAAAUUGCUGUUAGUUUCAGUCAGUUUAUUCACACAGUAAAUGAACGAUCUUCACGUCUGCAAUAAUGUUAUCUCUCGCUGUAGUCCAGUGUACUGUAAUGUUAGCUUGUCGCUCUAAUCUGCAAAGCUUUGCCGUUUGCUACUUUGGCAUUCAGGCUAUAUUUUUUUAAAACGUUUCUGCAACACUAUCUGCGAUCUCAUAACCACAGACGCUAAUCUGUAUCUAACCUUGGGGAUUCCCGGCUAUUCCGGCGCUAGGCAUCUCGGCUCUGGCUAACUAUGUAGCACAAACGAAUACUUAUUAGCAAGAGACAAACUAGCAGCAGUCACAACAGGAAUCCACAGGGUUGCCAGUUUUCAAAGAAAUGCUCAGAAAUUGACCGAAACGUGAAAUAUUGGGAAGGAAUUCUUAUAUUCAGUAUAAUACAAUACAGUACACAUUUUUUUCACCUGGUACAAACAUUAUCUUCUCCAGAAUAGCCGCUUCGUAAUUAUAAUUAAAUCUGAUUACAGGCUUUUAAACAAGAAAUAAAUGGCAUAUUCUGGCAACCCUGGCUAUCAGUUAUAUAUAAUUUAGACAUCUGGUAUCCUGUAACAAGAAGCAAAAAAUAAAUAAAUAAAAAGAAACCAUACAAGCCGGCAGUGAAUGUUGCACUUCAAUUUAAUGAUGAUGAAGGAAAGAAACGUGUGCGAUUUAUUCGUAGGUUUUUUUUUUCUUUCUUUCUUUUAUGGAUUAAAUAAUGAGCUAAACCAAACUAAAUCCACCACAAGGAUUAUUGUGUUUUUCACACGAAGGAUUUGAGAAGGCGUUAUUAAACACGAUAGAAUUUCCACUGAGGAAAAAAAAGAACGCAAAAACGAUUGCGUUAAUGACGGAAUUUAGUUAAUUAGUUAAUCCUGUUGGCCACAAAUAAUCUCCUAAAAUCUUCUGUCAAGUCCCGUGCUCAAGAAAGCAGCAUGAAUUUAGGAUUUUUUUUUUUCCUUUAUUAUUAAAUACAAUUUCUCAGAAUUAUACGGAAGUCCAAAUAGACGCCAUGCAGUAUUACAUUUUUUUGUCCUUUCUUGUCUUAUCAAUCUUUCUAGUCCUUUCUUGGCUUAAUUAACGAUCACGAUCAAGAGAAUGUAAUCGUGAUGACGGGAAAACAGCUUAUGUUGUCGAGAAUGUGAAGUCACGAUAAGGAGAAAACAAGAAAGACAAAAGAUUGUAAUGCAUGGACACUUGGGACUUCUGUAGAACUUAGCUUUGAAAACAUGUCUACAAAAAAUCAUAUUAAGAAAGAAAUGAAGUUUUUUCAUCCAGUAACUGGGUAAAAAUUCACACUUCAGUUCUAAUAACAAGAACAACAAUGUUUUUGUUUCGUAUCUGUAUAUCAUUUACUUUCAUUUAUUUCUUUUCUUUUUUUAUGCUGCCUCCACUUGCUUUCGGAAUUACCGAAAAUACGACUUUCCUGCUUGGAAGUUCCCACUUCAAGUCGUAAGAUCGUUUUGAUGGCCGAGUUUCCGAGUCCUAAACUUCCAACAUGGUGGAUUAGAGUAGAUUUCUGUCCUGAAUAACAGUUAAUUGAUCUUAACACAUCUAAUUAUUAUUACUUUGGUCCUGUUCAUUUAUCUACAGUGGAGGUCAUAAGUUUACACCCCUCAUGCUGAAGCAAAAGACAAUUGUUACUAAUUUUAAAGAAAUAAAAAGGAUCUUAUAAAAUGCCUAUUAUUUAAAGCUAGUUCACAUAACAGAUGCUUACAUGUAGUCCACAAGACCCAAUAAUUUACACAAAUGAACCAGUUCAAAAGUUUGCAUCCCCUCCAUUCUUAAGUACUGUGUGUUGUUAGCUGGAGUGUUCGUCCGGUGCAGUUAAACCUCCCGCAGUUCUUUAGGAAAAUCCUCCAGGUCCUGCACAUUCUUUGCUUUUCCAGCACCUUCUGCAUGUUUGACACUUUUCCACCAGAGGCUGUAUGAUUUUAUAAGCCUAUCUAUUCACACGAGGAUGACCGCGCAAUUCGUAAUAUGACGUGUAAACUUUUGAGCAGGAUGAUCGGAGGAAAUUGUUAUUAUUUUGUUUAAAGAUCUUAUUUUUUCCUUUGGAACGCUUUUACAUAAGCUGGAUAAGAUAUCGGCAAGUUUCCCAGCACAUAAAAUAAUAAAUCUUAACAAUUUAUGAUCAUCAGGUUGUGCGUUUUAAACAUUUUUACGCCUUUAAUAGUUCGCAUUAGACCUUAAUUCUGUCAUCGUCUGCAAACAUUGUCAAUGAAACUGACUAUUAUGGGUUCUGGUGUCAGAAAAAAUUGUGUCGUUCUUGUUCUUGUUCUUUCCGUCAGCAUAGAGCUUGAACAUGAGUAACUCGUAAUUACUAGCAGGAAGGAGAACGAUUCCGAAGGCAGCACGAAGGCAGCAUGAAACUCUGAGGCUUUUUUUUUUUUUUUUUUUUUUACUUUUAUUUUUUUUUUUUAAUUAAAACCCUGGGAAAACGUUCCGAAGAAUCACCAUCGGCAUCUCAUCGGGGGUACGAGAGUCCUGACUCCUUGACAGUUCUUCAACCCUAAAGUACAUAAUUCUAGUUCAUAACUGGUCAUAAAUGGAGUAAAAAAUCAUAUUUGCUUGACUUGUGCAUGCUCUUACACCCAGCCUGGGAUCCCACCGACAUCCUGAUGGGAUUUGUUCUCAAAUCGAUGUCAUUCCUGUUGGAACAAAGUGCGCUUACUAUAGCAUACGUCUAGAACAUGUUAUCCGUUUGUUCCUGACGAUUGAGUAGUAUUCGCUUACUACAGAAUGUACUGUUCUGUUUUAGACCCGUAUGUAAGGUCGCCAGCCUCGACUUCACGAUCCGGAUCCGACUGUAGGAAAUUUCUUUUCCUCUUGGGAAUGCCGUGAUGAUUUCUUUCAGAACUCUGAGAAUUCCUUUGCCAAGUAAACAAAAUCACAGAAUUCACGAUCCCUCUUUUUAUCCUUUUCUGCUGAUUUUACAGGAAAGGGUUUGUUUCUUACAUUUUCAUUUUACAGCAAAAGUAUUAAUAUACAAUUUUUUUUUCAAUUAUAAGUUAUGACCUCUAUUGCUAUCUGUACUAUCGGUACUAUUGGUACUCAGCAACGACACGUGCAAACAUGAAUAUUAAGAAAUCAUCACGGCCGUUCUUCUUUACUCCAAACCACAGUCGCAAUCCAUCUUCUUCUUUUUUUUUUUCCCUUUGAUUUAAAAAAAAAAAUUAAUAAAUCAAAGGCACAUUUUUACUCUUUUCUUUCCUGUGUUCAUGUUGUAACAUCUUUUAUCUUCUGGAGAAGUCUUCCCAUUUCAAUACGUGCCAAAUAAGAGAUGCACUGACUCGGAAAGCAGAGCGGAACUCCCUUUUUUUUUUAUUUAAUACAUUGUAUAGGUACAAGGAUGAAAACAAUGAAAUACUGAUAUCCAAAAGUUGGAAAUGUUUUGAGACUGAAUCUGAUUAUAUUAUAUAAUAAUAUUUCUCUACUUUGUUGCUUACGCUAACUUCCUCUUUAUUAAAAAGAGAGCUCUGUGAGGUGACCGAAACGUUGUGGAAGUCAGACGUGUAUGUGAAAGCGAGAAGGUCUGUGUAUGGAAAAUAAAUUUAUAACUGAAAUUUUCA